AUGUCUCUAACCCCGGCGAUGGCGCCUCAUCUUUUAUCUCAACAGGAUCCAAUUAACAAUCCUAACAUUAUUCCUUUCGACACAAUUCCAGAUCGGUCGUCCAUGACAUCUAUGUCAUCCAAGAGACCGAAGUUGUCUCUCAAAACUUCUGAUCUCGCCUCUACGUACGUCAACUCCACAACUGGUCGAACUGAUGUAAACGUCCACGCCACUACCACUCCAACAAAUUUAAACACUUUUACCAACACUUUCGACUUAACCUAUCGACCUUCACCUAUCUCAACCAUUCCUUCACCAGGGCCAACUCUUUCAAGGAGGCCGACGAAUUUAAACACCCAAUCUUCUCCUUAUAUAUUAAAUUUGCCUUUUGGAGUUUAUCCCAUUUUGAAGAACAGCCCGUUAUCUCAGAGCAUCCGACGGCCAUCGCUUGCUACUGCAAGUGCAAGUCCUCGAAUAGCAGGCCGGAGAAUAUUUUUUCCUGCACCAAAGAAGGUGUCCUUUAAGCCUAUUUUGGAGGAGGAGAUUGUGACCACCGAAUAUGUCACUCGUCAUGCGGAUUUAACAUCAUCGGAUGAGGAUACCACCACUUCAGAUUCGGACAGUUCUCACCAAACCUCUGAUGAUCGUAAGGACGACACCAACCGUCGUAUUAUACGAGUUGACGAAUCUUCUCGUGGAAGGAAUAAACGGAAAACCAUGACCGCUUUUGAGUCUAGCCCACGAGAAGAUCGCGGGAGGUCAGAUCGGUCAAGAAGUACAUCGGAAAGAAGAACCAAAAGGAAGAAGAGACGCUGGGAGUGGACUAUCACGGAGACUGCCACACCCUCAGAAGCCACUGGCUCACCAGAAACGAAGGCCAACCACCCAAACGCCCGAGAUGAAGAAAGGGAUGGAGAAGUUGACGAUUCUUAA